UCCAGAGACAGCUUAACUAAGUAGAUUUCUUUUCAUUUUAGAUAUUUAGUUGCAAUAAUUUUUUUGUUGAAAUUACUUUUAAGGUACAUCUUAAUCAAGUUUAGUCAAGCAACUCAUUCGUACCUAGCUAAUCCUCAAUUGUCAGUAAUUCAAUUUUACUUAGUUUUGUUACAAUGCCUGAGAAAACAAGUCCUCAUAUUUCGACUGAAAAUAUCGAUAACGCCAAUCGAUAUACUGACAACUUGGCUAUCUCAGUGUACCCUCCUACACACAAAAAAGAAAAACCACCAUCAAAAUACAGAAAACUCAUUAACUGGACUAUCGGUUCAGCCGUUUUGGCAGCGAUUUAUGCUCAUUUUAUUUGGGCAACAUGGUACUUUAUAGAAAAAACAGAGUCUACACUUGAUUCUACCACGUGCACUGGCUAUGGAUUUUGGAUGAUUGUCUUCAUCUUUAUAAAUUUCGGGGUGGCUUAUAAGUUUGUUCUAAAAAAGUAUCUCAUUCCACCUAUAGAACGGUACAUGUGGCCGCUUUGUUCAAAAAAGUACCAUAUGCUACCACCGGAUUUCUUGCUUUACUUUUCGUGGCUAUUCUUGUCUUCCUCAUUGUUGACUCUAGUGAUGACUGGUGGAGAUUGAUGCCUUUGACUGGACUCGUGAUUUAUGUUAUUAUCGGAUUUUUACUUUCGCCUUAUAAGCGACAGAUCCCAUGGACUACUGUAUUAUCAGGUCUCAUAGCUCAAUUCAUUCUGGGUCUGCUCACGACCAGGUGGGAUGUUGGACGCAACAUCUUCAGUUGCGUAGGAGACAAAGUUGAUACUUUCCUCAAAUACGCUGCCAACGCUUCGGCUUUCGUUUAUGGAAACGACUUGGUGCUAAAUCAGGCUAUUUUUGCCUUCAAC